GGAAUUCGGUUUACUCUGAUGGUUAAUGGUGAAGUGUAUAUCAACGAAACGCUGUCUGGUAAGAUGAGCUUUUUAAAAUUUUCCCUGAAGAUCCUCAAUAAACAGGUUAAUAAUAAGUCAACCCUUUCCCAUGGUUUAGUGGAGGAGAGAUUUGAAAAGGUAAUGGAGAGAAGAAGAGAGAGGAGAAGGGCUUAACUCUUUUUCUCCCCUUCUGCUUUCUUCCCCCUUUCGCUUCUUCUCCCCUUUCCCACUAGGAAAGCCUAAUUACUUAGGUUACAGUACUCGUCUCAUUUGUUGAAACACUUGUCACAGUUACGCCCCCACCCCAAUGUUGAUUCACGUAACACCCAUUUGCAAAUAUACGCGAAUCUCAACAUUAGGGAAGGAGAGAAGUAGUACACUCGUGGAAAAGUUAGGUAAGAUAGCUGAGAGGGCGUGACAUGAAAAAAAUCCUCAGUUUCAGUGUCAGUAGUAUUAAUAUUGAUAGUGUAUGACUAAUUCAGCCUGCGUAGCAAGUAACAAGCAUUUCCUUGCUUCUUAAGAAAGUUUGUUGCUUUGCAGGUUAAUUGACUAAUAAAAACUGUCUGCUUGUGUUCGGGACACAAGCAGACCUCAGAACCACAAACUAAUCCCCUUUGGUCCUCGCUGUUGAGAUUUUUCUUCUAGUGGCCUUUUUCACGCAACUCGAUAACAUUCCACAAACAAUAUGUUAGUUGUCCACGGCUUUUUGAAUUUCACAGUACGUCAUUUAUUAUGGAUAAUAUAAAAUGAUAAAUGCAUUGAAAACAGAAAGUUAUUCGCCCAGGAUCUUUGCAAAUUUGCUUAAAAUAGGGUACAAAGCAAUCAACUUCUUUCUCGACAAACCCCGUCUAAAAUUCUCGAGAAUUAGCGGCAAAUCCGGGGAUUUUCCUGAGAAAUUUUGUACAUGUAGAGUCGGUCUCCUCCAUUCUUCGGUCACCUUCUUGGAUUUUCUAUACGAUGGACUCCCCUGUAAAACGGACACCUAGAGCUGGUCCCUGCAGUUUUCAGUAUUUUUUCCUAACUCUUCAUAGAUGGACGGGGGCAGCUACAGUAAAAACCCGCGUAUAAGAACCUAACAUUUAAGAACCUGUUAGGCUAAAAUUUCAUUUUUAAGCACCCUUCACAUAAGAACCAUUUUAGGCUAAAAUCCUAAAACAGGUUCUUAUUUUCAAAAAAUAUAUAUAUAUAUAUAGAAUUAAGAAAUUUUCUCAAAAAAAAAUAUGUAUAUAUAUAUAUAUAUAUAUAUAUAACACAGUCUGUAUGCAAUAAUACUCUAAACACUAUAGCAUGGUUACAUAAAACUUUACCAUAGGUUUGAUUGUAACAGAAUCAGAUUAAAAUAGUAUAGUAUUUUGCUUAACGAAGCCUCCAAGAAUACUGUUUUUGGACAUUAAACACCAGAUCAUUUAAAAAUUCAGCUUUAUUUCUUGAACAAAAGUUAAGAACCUAAUUAAGAACCUAGUUAGCCUAAUUUUACACUAAAUACCAUUUAUAUAAGAACCUGCAUGUUUAGGCUAACUUGGAAAAACCUAGGUUCGUAUAGCGGGUUUUUACUGUAGUUGAGACGAUGGAAUGUUCGUGAUGAAAUUUUAUUGUAAAAUCGAGAAAAGCUUCUAGGCACUUACUCUUACCGAACCAGUUCCAGAAGCGUUUGAAUUGCCUGCUUCCGAUUGGCUAGAAAGAAUAAUUUCUCGAUCUUAUAGUAAACUUUCACCAUGGGUCUCCGAGGAUGAGAUGCCCCCUGCCAUUCUUCACUCUCCGUCUUUGAUUCUCUAGACAGAAUUGACUGAACAUGAAAAGGAAAAAUACUUUCUUUUCUUUGUACGCAGGAAGAAACCCCCCUCCUUUGUGCCGUGGGGUCAUAGGCGUGGCCGAUUUCUGUGUUAAAAUCUACAACGUAUCCUACGAAGAGGGCAAUUUUGGUGGCUGCUUAGAGUUAUACGCAGAUUUUGUGGAGCGAGUCUUUGACCUGAAGCUUGGCUGCUGGUACCUAGACGAUGAGGUUGGUAGCUCUGUGGCUGAGGACAACAUUACUGAGGAGCCUGUGGACAAGAGAGCUAAGCUCCGAUCUCUUUUCAAACUCAGCAACAGUGCAAAGGAGCGAAUCUUUAAUGAGAUGAACAAGUGGUCCGAUAUAGACGGGGAUUUGGGUGUUUCGAAUGGCAUCCACAGUGAUCAUAUUCCCGUGGAGGCUUCGGUUGAAGAAUUUGAGGAAACAAAUGAUAGUUUUUAAUUUCAUGUGACAGUAUAUUCGUCACUUUCUUAACUGUGUAGUUUUUUUGAUCGAUUUGCACGCUCGUAUACUAGUCACUGAUUUUCUUAAAUUCCGAUCUAUAACUUGUAGUCUUCAGAAUGUACAACUAUUAGGCUACGUUAAAGAGAAAGUGCCAUAAAGAUUUAGUAGACCAUAUCCAUGAAAUCCUACAUAAUUGUGUUAAUGGAAAAUCAAACAAGCUAGUGGCAUAGUCUUACAAAAAGUGGGUCGGUAAUACGACAUAAAAAAUUGUUUUUGACCAAGAUCAAUAGAAAGCAAGAGGACCAAAACUUGCAAAAGUCAAGCUGGCUUUUUCAUGCUUGGAUAA